AUGGCGGAUAAAGGUGAUAAAGGCGCUGAAAAGAGUUUUUUAGCUCGAACGGCGAGCAUUACCACCAAAAGAGCCAAAAGAGCUCAAGAAAAGGUAAUGUAACAUCAUUUUAUUCUGUUUCCAUGGCUUUUAAAGGUGGGAGCAUGAUGAUCAAUUGCCCUCGGAGUUGACAUUUGGGUGGUGUUUUGAUCCGGUUAUCUUGCAAUAAUUGGCAAUUGAAAUUUGCAGAGAGGUCUCUAAUUUUGUCGUUUUUUAAUCGGUUGUAUUUUAGGUUAUGCAAAAGCUUGGAAAAGCAAACGAGACGAAGGAUUUAACUUUUGAUGAAUUCGUGACCAAUUUUAACAAACAACAGGUAGGGGAACGCGUCCAUAAGCUAUCAUAAAGAGCGGUAUUGUAAUCGAAAUACAUGUACUAGCUGUAGGCAAUUAAUCUAAGCCUAAGCUUGAAGAAAUAUGAUUCGAAAGACUGUUUUUGCCGAAGUCUUCAACGCGACUUGUAUUUGUCUUUAUCUGGAAAUAUUUAAUUUGUUACUUGAUCGACCUUUUCAGUUAGCGUAACUCAAACGACAGCAUGGAAUUACUAGCGGAGUGGAGAAAUGUACAAUAUAGAAGGAGAAAUCAGCGCUUAUUAAUAUUACACGUGUGUUCACUUGCUUGAUAACAAUAAGAAGUUUUAUUUUCCACUUCAUUUGUUAAUCAAGUGGAAGAAAAUUACCACAUUUUAUUUCAUUUCUCACUGAGAAGAAGUAGAUUGUACUAAACAGGUUAUCUUAUAGUUUAUAAGAUAAGAACAUGCCUUUGAAAUAAAUUCUGAUUCUUUUUGUACAGAGUGCAGCACAGAGGCUACAUAAAGAAUUAAAAAAUUAUUAUGCUUGCAUCAGAGGUGAGAAAAGAGAUAAUUUUUUUGCUAAUAAAAAUUGCUACUUGUAGUCAGAGAUACCAGGCCAGCAGAGGACCUUCGGCCAGGGUUGUCAUUAAGAGCCGGGGGCCGGGGAUUUUCCCCGGCUACUAAGAGAGUGGCACCUGGUUACUUUUACUGGAAAAUAGAACAAAAAUAGAACCAAAAGAAAUCCCCAGCUGUUUGAUUCCCCGCCUACUUGAUGUAUUUACCCGGCAACUUGAAAUCUUAGUGACAGCCCUGUUUGGCCCUUUGAUCUUCCUAGAUAAGUCCCACUUAUCUAAGAAGAUUGAAGGGCCUCUGCUUGCAGGGUAAGUCAAAGAAUGAACAAGCAAUAAUAACCAUCCAAGCCACAGUGGAGCCUUUGCAGAGAAACAAUCACAUGGUAUAAAAGCACCUUGCUGGCAGGUUAAGCAGUCCUCUAACUUAGUGGUAAAGCAGUUCAUGAGCUUAGCAGUUAAGUGGUCCUCUAGCUUAGCGGUUCACGAGCUUAGCAGUUAAGCGGUCCUCUAGCUUAGUGGUUAAGCGGUUCACAAGCUAAGUGGUUAAGCGGUCCUCUAGCUUGGCGGUUAAGGGGUCCUCAAGCUUAGCGGUGAAGCAGUUCAUGAGCUUAGCAGUGAAGCGGUCCUCUAGCUUAGUGGUUAAGCGGUUCACGAGCUUAGCAGUUAAGCGGUCCUCUAGCUUAGCAGUGAAACCGUUCAUGAGCUAGGUGGUCAAGAGGUCCUCGAGCUUAUGCACUUAUCAAUGUAAUGCCGGCGGGGGGGGGAGGCAGGGUAUAGGGUGGGGAUUUGACUUUUUUCAAAAAUUUGCAAUCAAAUUCCCUGCCCACGGGCAAAUCAUUCCAGUCAAAUCCAACCAAAUUUCCCCACCCCAUGCUGCACAUUGCUGUCAAUCCCAAGGCAGAACCUAAGAAAGGCACAAUAAAAAUAUCUCCAAAUAAAACUCUGCAAUCUUUUAUAAACGUUGCUGCAUCAAUAAAGAUAUAUGUUCCUGUUACAGCUGCAAUUAUACGUUUUAACCAUAAUCCGUGUUACACUGCCUAGAAUACAUAAACCUUUAAGAGAAAGUCCACAUUUUGUAAGUCUAAAUAUACCGUUCUUAGAAAAGGGUAAAAAGAAAGUCAGUUUUAUAAGUUUACAGUGAUUGUAGCGAAUGAGCCAUACACUAAUCAAUUGUACUUGCAAAAAUCGACUUGGUUUCUCUUCCGUUUACUUUGAUACCACAGUAUAUUUAGUUAAGAGGUUCAAUUGAUCAAAAACACGCUAAAACAAACGAAAUUUGAAGACAAAACAGUGAAAUCCACUCAGCCUUCGCUUGUUCUCAUUGGCCUCCAUGACUUCCUGAUCUUUUCAAACCGUAUGGCGCAUGGGUGACGCGUGGAAGCGGGAAACAUAUGUUCGGUCUCCGUCUUUUUCGUCCGAGUCCGCAGUCAAAUAUCUCCAUGUCGGGUGAAGAAAGAUUCAAAUAUCCCCUCCCCCGGGAGAACAAGAUCAGUCAAAUGCCCUACCCCAGGGACAACAAAGACAAUCAAAUCCCCACCCCAUGCCCUGCCUCCCCCCCCGCCGGCAUUACAUUGAUAGGUGCAUUAGUGGUGAAGCAGUCCAUGAGCUUAGUAGUGAAGCGGUCCACAAGCUUAAGUCUAGCAGGCAUUCAGUGGUCAAUUCCAUAAGUUCAGGCUCACGUGGCACGUGGUAGCUUUGUACACAGCUAGGUGUUGAGCAUUUGUGUAGCGGUCAUGGAGUGGUUGUUUGAGCGUCAACGCAGUCAGUUAACUGUGUGAUCAUUUUCAUCUGGUUUCGUCAGUUUACCUGGUUUUCCUCAGGGCAAGCAUUGUUGGGUUCUAGCAGUGUGUCGGGGAAAUUUUCAACUCACAUGGAACGUUGUUGGUUCCUCACAGUCAUCAGUAUCAAACUGAGCAGUUUGUUGUGGUGCUUGCAUUGGCAUGAACCGGUUGGAAGUGGUUGCUUUUAGCGUUUCCCCUCCCGCCUCGCCCUCUAUGUCUCCUUCCACUUAUUCAUCAUGCUUCAGUAUGACAGGUGCCUAAAAAAUAGCUGGGUUGCAGGGUUUUGCUAGCCAUGGGAGAGUUCUAGGGGCUGGCUGGCCACAGUAGAGGCCCCUGGAUACUCCACAUACCGACAUUCCCUCUAGUUUUUAGUAGCAGAUAGUGUUAGUAGUACUGUAAAAAUAUUAUAAUCUUUUUUGUACUUUUAGCGUCUUUUUGCCGGUAAGUGUGCAACUACUUGUAUUGGUGUGGCAUGGCAUGUAGUGUUUAUGGGGCUUUGGGGUGGGAUCCUUGUGGUGUUCACAGCAUUCGUCAAAUUUAUAAGGCUUUGGGGUUGGAUGUUUGUGGCUUUUUUACAGCAUUUGUAGCAUUUAUGGGGCAUUAGCGCUGUACGUCUGGCACGUGGGUCUUGUUUUUUCAUGCUCUGCAUAGGUGAGUGCCUCCGGGUUUGGAGGAUUGGGGCUCAGGCUUCUCCCAGCCAUGAGCCCCUUCUUUCCGAACAUUCAGCUCAGAGGUCCCUUCGGCUUGGAGUGGGUGUUUAUGGCUGGAGGGCACAGGUUUGCCAGCCAUGGGGGCGUAACUAUGUUUAGGGGCUGGCUGUGCUGUAGGUGGAAGCGCCUAGACAUUUCGGGCACCCACCUCCUCUAGUGGUGUAGUUGUUAAAUGAAGUUAAGUAAAAUAUUUAUUAACACCGUUAACAUCACCUCCAUGUGCUCAGUACAAUGUUUUCCUGGCGGCCAUUCUCUUCGUUCAGCCUUUGGAUCAAUAUUUUAACCCCAUCCCUCCCCCCUUUAUUCUUCCACUGAUAAAUCAGUGUGACAGGUGCCUGGUUCCAUUGGCAUGGGGGCUCAUGGUUGGAGGGCACGGGUUUGCCAGCCAUGGGGGUGUAACUCUGUCUAGGGGCUGGCUGUGCCAUAGGUAGAAGCCCCUGGACAUCUCAGGGACCCACCUCCACUAGCAACACAGUUGUUAAAUUUAAUUUUACUUCUUUUCAGCAAUGUUAGUUGCAAAUGAUGCUUUUGGAGAAGCAGUAAAAGAAGUUUAUGAACCUGACUGGCCUGGAAGAGAUAAACUUAUUCAGUAUUUAGAGGUUUGUAAUAAUUAUCAUAAAACAUCUGUUUUUGAGAAAAUGGGUUUAUCUUCAUCAUCAAAAGAAAUCACAAGAAGUGUUUCAUCAGAUAUGCAGUUUUAAAGUGGCUUUGCUGAGUCAUGUCUGGAUAUCUGUUUAAAUAUCUAUUAUUUAUAUCUAUAUCUGUUAUAUUUUAUGGUAAAUUUAGGAAUUGCACAAUCAAUGGCAUGAAUUAGAAGAAAAACUACAUGAUGAAGUUAUCGUCCCUCUAACAGCUUAUCAGAGUCAGUUUCCUGAUAUCAAGGUAUUGUACUCUUACUCAAAGAGAAAUUUACUCCUUUUCAGCAUCCAAGAGUGUUAACUUCAUGAGUUUCCUCCUGUCAGAUUCUCUUACUGUAUCCAUAAUUUUGCCCUCAUCACCUUGAUCUGUAGCAAGUCAUGGUAGACAGGAAUUGAAUUGUAGAAUUGUAGAUGGCCUGCAAAGACAUUGUGUAGUAUUUUGAUGUAAGAUGCAGAGGUGGAGUCUCAGAAAAGUUCGUUAGUUUGUAGCCUGAGGUAACAGCCCACACUUCACAAUGCUACUACUGGUGUUCCCAAGAAAUGACAUCUGACGACAAGCACAGAAAUUCCUUACUGAUGACAUGUCACCACCCAGAUCUGGGUAAUUUGGUUGAAGCAAACUUCCCUGUGACCAAUCAGUCGGCAAUUUGUUUUCACUUUCUCCCAGCACGAAUUUUCUAAGACACUUAAAAGAAAAAUAGAUGUCAAAAACGUCAAAAAACAAAACUGUAAACACAAAUCAACAGCAAUUCUCGAUGCUCUAUACUCUUAUCAACCAUAGAAAUGGUGUUCAUUUCUUUCUUCUACAACAUCCAUGUUGACCUCCUGUCUUGAAUCCGUGUAAGUAGUCCCUUGAGUUUACCCUGAGCAGACAGCAGACAGAGAGAGAGAGCAGACAGUUUCCUGAGUUAUUAGGCUUCUACACAUCAACAUCCACUUGAGUUUUAAACAUUUUGUUGUCAUUUCUAUGGUUGAUAAGAGUAUAAAGAAUGGAAAAUUUGGAUUUGUAAAAUGAAAACGGUUGGAGUUAUUGUGGGAAUAAGCAGACAUGGUUACCUUUAUUCGCUAAGUCUAAUGUAACUAAGCAAUCAAAGUUUCUUAUAGAAUGUUACACUAUUUAUUUUGUUUUUUUUUUCAUUAAUAGGCAAGGAUAAACAAGCGUGGUAGGAAACUUGUGGACUAUGAUCGCUACAGACACAAUCUAGAAGUAAGCUAGUACAAUAAUAUUGUCCUUUUUAAAAUUAAAGUAAUCCCUCCCUACUCUAUAGGAUGUAAAACCACUAGCAGCCCCCUCCCCCUGAACUGAAGUUCCAGCUACUGCAUCUUAAUAUUUUGGAUAGAUCUCCUGUAGUUACUUAUUACACAAUGCAGUGUACCUUUAAACUUGUUUUCUUUUGCCUCUUCUUUAACCUCAAGUUUCUUUGAAUUUUUUAUAUAUAUAUUUUUUCUUUGGCAGACACUUAAAGCAAAGGGCAAGACAGCUGAUCUCAAGAAAUUGACCCAGGUGAUUUGUUCUAUUUAAUAUGCAGUUCUGCAUGAUUUUGUCUAAAAUUAUCACUUUUUCAGACUGUGACUUUAUAUACUGAAGACUACAUGACAUAAGAUGCUUAAUUUAGCAGAAAGAAAUAAAAAAGUGAUGAGUUGAAAUUGAGAAGAAGAUCAGAGCAGCAGACAGCUAUUGUAUGGAUCAAUCUUAUUUCACUUUAAUUCUUGUUCUGGCUAGCACAAAAAUCCAAAUAAUCUUUAUUGUCUAAAUCCAAAAAAAGUUUAGCUAAAAGGAAUGCAACCUUUAUCUGAUCCAGGAGAAACGGAAAGAAAAAUAGCUCUUUAACUAGUGGUGGUUCAUUCUGGGACUUUUAAUUGUCAUCUUGAAAAUAUUAUAUUUAUAUUUAUUUUAUAUUUAUCUGGAAAUUAUUUGAUUCAAGAAAAUUCAGAAGACAAUUACAAAUUCUCAAGUGCUGAGAAGAGCACUCUAAACACACAUGUUCAGUUGGACACUAUAGUUUUACAAUGAGAAAAUCCAAGUGUUUUCACUUCCUUGCAGAUUAAGAGUUACAGUGGAACUUGAGUUCACUAUACUACAAUCCUUUAGCAGCAUAGAACAACAGAGGAGUAUAAAUACCUUUUGCGUGAACCAACCUUGACCGGCCAUGUGUAUCGAUGAAGAGCACAUUCUUGCGAUCAAAAAGCAGUUUCCUUAAAUGGAACAAAAAUCUGAAACCAAAUUGAGAUACAGUGUACCAAUCUGAACACUCCAAGUGCAGAGGUGGAUCGCUCAGAUUGCAAUUUUAGAUUGGUUUAGUCCUUAAUGGAACGAAAAAUCAAAUUUCGGAUUGCAAAAUGUGGAUUUAGAUUGGUCAAAAGGAACGCAACCAAAAUUAAACAACGACAGUUUUGGUUUAAAAAUUUCAAACGAUGAAUAAUUAUCUUUCGAAGUUUUUAAACCAAAACUGUCUUUGUUUAUAAAAUACAACAACAAAUUAUUAUUGUUAUUAUUGUAAUUAUGUCUAACAUUUACUGAUCCUUGUUUCAGGCUGAAGAAGAAUAUAAUGAAGCAAAAUCAGUUUACACCAAGCUUCAUGCAGAGUUAUAUGAAGAAUUACCAGCAUUAUUUGACAGGUUAGAACUUUUGCAAUAUUUCUACAAAUAUUUUUUGUUCCAUCAUCAGACAUACAUGUAGCACCACUUCAUUUUACAGGGGUGUUGCAUUAUAGAAGAUACUUGCUCAAGGAACCCAAUGAAAUCAGGUUAAAAUAUCAACUUCCGGUUGCCAUUGUUGAUGUCCGGUACAUCAAUGUUCUCACCGCUUAAGGUCCCUAUUGACUCUCAACUUCCUCAUGUACAAAUUGGUGCUAGUGAGGAAAUGCAGGAGGGGAAUACUGUCAUCAAUUUUCUUUGUUUCCUAACCCCAAUAAUAAUUAUUAUGCACAAUAACACAGCUGAGCUUCCAUUAAACGGCCACCCAUUAAGUGGCCACUUCUAUAAAGCGAUGGCGGCUACAACAUGAGUGUUUGCCGUCCCAACAUGACUUUUCCCGUAGUUGUCACCUCUAUUAAGCGGCCGUCAAGCACUCUACAGACUACAUUUGGCUUUAUUUUAAGAAUAUGCUGAAGAAAAAGAGUCCAAGGCAGAAGGUGACAACUAAUUGUGGACUAGUAAUGCUGCCCACAUCACUUGUUUGUUUUAAAAUGAAGUGAUGUUUUUUGCUAAAGAACCUCUCUUGAGCGGCCACUUGCCGGUACCCCUGAGGGUGGCUGGUUAAUGGCGAAUCAACUGUGCUGUAUUCAGGUUAGAAAAUGAAGGACAUUGAAGACCAAACUAGUUUAAAAAAAUUUUAACCUGAAAUUCAUUUUGAACUACAACAUACAUGUAAAUAAUUAUGGGUGAUUCUCAAUUUGUUUUGCCUUCUAAGAGUAAUCAUUCUUAAUCAUGGAUAGUACAUGUAUAUGGGUAGCAAGACAAAGGAAAUCGAAAAUGAACUGUGCUGCAAUUAUUUAAGCUGAAUUUCAUUUUGAACAACAAUAUUCAGGUUCAAUAGUCAGUACAGGUUAUCUUCCCAGAAUUCUACUCUAAUGUAGUUAAAGGAAUUCUGUAACAAUAAUUUUAUUACAAUAUUGAUGGUUGACUUAAUUUUUUGACUUAAUUUUUCUUUUUUGCAGUCGAAUUGGUUAUUAUGUAUCAUCCUUCCAGAGUAUAUUCACUGCUGAGGGAGUAUUUCACAGAGAGGCAGCUAGGGUAAUGACAUCUGUUCUAUGGCCUGUUUAUCAUAAUUGUUGUAUAUUUGAAAUUUGUCAGACAAUAAUGUAUUUGUCGUGUCUGCAUUUGUUUUGUUGUUUCAGACUAAGACACAAAUGAAUGAUCUAAUGGAUGGUUUAAUUCAAGAUAUGUCAACUGGUAUAUACACAACUAAGAGACCUUACCCUGUUCAAAGGUAUGUGUUAGCACAUAAUUCAAAUGUGUCCUGAAAUUUGCCCAAUUUUUCUGCUGAAGUUUCUCGCCUGCUUCGCCACUGUUUCUCAACAUGCCAAGUUAGUUUGUGUAAUUCUGCGAGUUUUCAUUUCCAAAGAGGAGUAAUUUAACCAGGUUGGUUUUUGAAUUAACCCAUUUGCCCCUGAGCUGCCAGUAACCGCCUGUUCAGAUCCACAUCCUUUCUACCGCUUGUGACAUCAUCAGUUUUGAUUGUCAACGAUUACUUCUUGUGCAGAGUGAAGAGAUGUUUCAAACCAUACCAAAAUGGGCACAAUUCAGUCAAGGACACCGGAGAAAAAGGCAAAAACCAUGUAACAUUGACCUGAAAAUUUCCAUGAAAAUCUUGUUCCACAUCUUGUGUUUUCUUAAAAACGAACAUUUUGAGUCACAUUCUUUCCUCUUGCAGCAGUAAACGAAUAAUACCGUUGUAUUUCUCUGUCACUCAGUGAAAACCAAGUGUCAGACAGUGACGAUACAGAUGCCCAGACGACAUCCUCUCACCCAGAAAGUGGUGAUGCAAUAGUGUGCAAUGAUGAGGCAGUCACAUUAGAAACUAAUGAUGGUUAGUAUCCAGGAAAUUCAUCUAUUCAUUUAUCAUCGAAAUUCAUCUGGGGCCCGUUUCUCAAAAGUGCUGAUGAUUAAUGGGCCUGGAGAACUGUUGUUGUUUACAUUUGAGAUAGAGGUUCUAAUAUUUUUGCAGUUAGCAUGAUAACAAAGCAAAAUGGACUGAUUGAGUUGCCAGGAUCUGCACUUUUAUUCUUUCGAUUUUGAUUUAAAUAUUAGAUUUCAGGUUCAAAAAAUACCAGGACUUUUGAGAAACAGGUUUCAGGGGAGAUAAAUGUUAUUAUAAAAUAAAAUGUUUAUGAAUAAAGGUCUAAUCUUGUUCACUAAGACUUAGUGAACAAGAUUAGACCUCUUUGGAAGCAAGGUAACUACAGUCAAAUCUAUAUUAAGCGGCCCUCUCAAGUGGUCACCCUCAAUAUAUUAAUUUUGACUGUCCUUUUAUAUGGCCUUUUAGUUUCAAGAUUGCAUUUCUGCAGCUGCCAAUACAUACAGCUAAAGUUGAGAUCUUGAUGUCAAUCAAUAUUAUUAGCAAUCAAGAAUUAAGAUCCUCUUCAAAAUAUGUACAUCGCAGUAAGAGUAAUUGUGCAUGUGAAAAAAAGACCUAUAUUUUUACAAAACCUUAUCUUUUAGUUUUAAGUAGCUGAAAAUCAAAUUUCCACACAAUGGUCAUGUGUUAUUAACAACCACUCCUCUAAUUUUGUCCUUUUUUUUUGUUUCAUAUCUUAGAUGGAACUGUAAAUCAGAUAGAGGGCAAGGCUGCUGUUGGAACAGAUGGUAUAUUGUUUACUCCUUAUUUUUUCAUUCUGAAGAUGAUUCAUUAUUUUUUAACCCCCCCUGGUGGGUGUACCCUCUUAUUUAAGCAAAUUAUAUAGGUAUGUGCCACCCCAAAGGGUAUGGUUUUUGGGCCUUUCUGGUCUGAAAAUGGGUAUACACUGUUCCCAUUUUAGUCUUGAAUUGCGUAUGAUUUUCGAGGGAACUACAUGAGUGUAUGAAUGUAUUUAUCGUUUCAAGUCCAAAUGAAUAAGAGUGAAAUAGAAUGUGAAUUCACGAUGAAAUUUGAAGAAUUUUUUUUGUUUGCGCUCUGUUCCAAGUAUUGAUGAAAUAAUUUCUGCCUAAAGGCCAGAUGUGAAAACGGGAAUGGAUUUUAGAGGUCUAGCUGGUCUUAAAACGGGUGUGGAAAAUGGCAUUUUUUGGUCUGAAUUAGGGUCGGGAUUUGGAAAACCGGGUGGUACGACCCCACCAAGAAUUCCCAAGAGUACCUCUAACCCUAAAACUUCCUCCCCCCACCCCUCGGUUUACUUCUAAACCCUCAAAGUAGAGCCUGGGGCUAUGAAUACUCAACAACCUUUCUGUUAUGUAAUCUGACAUAUUACUUUGCUGAUGAUGUUCAAGCAAUUUGGAGGAAAUAUUUGAUUUUGUUUUAAAUUGUUGCUCCAUGUCUUGAAAUUUGUACAUUAAUUGCCUUAUAUUAACAUUCAUAAAGAUAUCUCGGAAGGUACCCGGUCAGCUUGAAUACCAGUUAUCCCCUUGACCUGUUACAAUGGUGUACAAAGUCUCAUGAAAACUGUAUAAAAAGGUUUUUCACCACUGCAUUUUGUUCCACAGCCACGAACCCAUUCCUGCAAUCUGACCAGGAUGAAGCAGAUACUGUGGGAGGGGAGGUGACUUCACAAGAAAGCCAAGAAAAGCCCAAGCCUGUACCAGCUGCACGACCCCCACCCCCUCAGGUUAAACCAGAAAGACCUGCAGUACCGAAUUUGCCUGUUAGUAGACAGCAACCGCAAGCAGAGGGUACUGAGGUAAGUUCAGUAUCCAAAGAAUACUACCAAAACAGUUGGACCACGAAUUCAGAGAUACGUGUGACGGUUGAUUUUGGCACCAGAUGUUUAUGAUUUGAGUCAUGUGGCUUUGUUUGUCAAACUAGAAAGGUGCACUCACGUGGCCACAUUCCUGAGCAUUUGGUAGACCAAAGAUAGGACAAGUCGAGUAAAAUGCAUAAUGGUGUUCUCUGUCAACCAAAAAGGAGAAAUUUUUGUUUGUGGAAAGUCAAUCGAUUAAAGUUCUUUCAGUUUCAGCCUUGUAACACUAUAUAAUAUAAACUCUUACCACUCUGAUGCACGAACAACGAAGUCAGCGAUGAAAAAAAAAUGUGACCACACGAGUUCACCUUUUUGGUGUGACAAACAAAGCCACGUGACCUAAGUCGUUAAUGUCUGGUGCCAAAAUCAAAACUGCCAAAACUGUCAUGAGUGUCUUUGAAUUUGCCGUCUAUCUGUCUUGGUAGUAACUGCUAGAAUUAGACAUUGAUGACUAUGCAUUAUCUUUACUCUCUUAGUUCAUCCAUUGAUGACAGGCCUUUCCAUUUUCCAAAUAGACCCAUCCACAUUUUAUUUCAAGUUUUGAUUAGGAUCAGUUUGCAAAAUUUGUUGACACAACUGGAAAGAGCACCGUAAUUACCAAGUUUGAAAGUGAUACCAUGUGGCAUGAAAGUUUUGCAAGUUUUGCGAUUUUUCCAGCAAUCUGUCAAAAUAUGGUCUCGCAAAUUCACCACAAACAUGUUUCCCGCAAAAAUUUACUCCAGAAUAAAUAUUCUCUAACUUAAAUUCGCCACCCUUAGAUAGAGUACUAAGAAAUUGUGUCUGUUCAAUCACAACUUGUCUCCUUCAUUCAGAAACAAAAUGGUAUACAAUGAAAUACUGGUUUUACAUAGGUAUAUGCACACUGUAGUAUUGUUUGAAAAUAUGUAUUUCAGUAUAUAGCACGUACUCAAUAAAAACGAAAAUAUUAUAAAUGUUGGGCACUGGGUACUUUCUGAAAAUCACAAAAGUCAAUUCCCAGCACGAAAAGCCAAUCUGUCCUGAUUGCAAAAAUUAGUUUCAGCAAAACACAAAAAAUCACCAAUCUGCACAAAUGAAAUCAAAUUAAAGAUGUUAUCAAACAACCUGUGGGCAUGUUCAUGCAUCUAACUGACAGACAGGACUCAUAUAAGGAGUUCAUUGAUAUAUUUUAUCUCACCACACAGAGUAAGGGAUCACCAUCAAGUGAAGAAUCUCCUCCAACAUCUAUGCCGCAGGCAGAAGGAGAAAAGCAGGAGACUACAACAAGUGAAAUUCCUGGAGUUCAAUAUAAGGUAAAGUGUUAAGGUUUUUUUUAGUAUCCAGUUUCUCCUCAUGACAGGGUAGUAAAAUUCCUGAAGUUCUUCAGGAGGUACAGCAGUUAUUAUUUUCAAUAUUCUCUAUUUUCGAAUCCCCCAUAAUACACUCUCUUCGCCCCCAAAGUUUGCAUAAACCAUUGUUUUCAAAUGCUCCUGGGAGUACUGCAUUUUCCCAAGAGCAUUUGAAGACAAAAACUUAUGCAAAAUUCGGGGGGCAUUCAGAGUGUAUUAUGAGGGAUUCAAAAAUAGUCAAUUCAAGUUCUCAUCUUGAGUUAUCACUACUUCAGUACGCAAUCGGUAAGAUAGUAAAAGCAGUCAUUUUAAAGGCAUGGUCAAAGAAUGGAAGACUGUGUAAUAUUUCAUUUGGAAAUACUAAUAAUUUUUAGCAAGUGUCUUAUCUGCAUUAAAAUAUCAAGUUCUGAGUCCUGGCAUGGAUUUCUCAAAACUCCCAAAAAGUUUUUUUAAGUCCCAGAUAGUUUUAAAAUAGAAUAAUAUCUUCCAUGUAUUUUUGUAAUGAUCUUUGGAGUUCUUGUGCAAAGUAGGCCAAUACACUUCUCAUUCUUAUAAAGUUUUGAAAUCUUCCCAUUUGAGAUUUUUUCUCAUUCACACUUUUUGCUUGAAUAAAGUUUUUGGGAGUUUUGAGAAACAUGCGCCUGAACUUUUGUCAGAUUUGUAUGCUUGGAAUUCCUAAAGCAUCAUUCUCCCUGCGGCUAUUGUUUUCCAUCAAGCUAGGGUAGAUCAAAGUACAGUUACAUUUUCAUUAAAUGGCCACCUAUUAAGGGGCCAGUGAUCAAAGUCCCAAGACAAAUUGUAGAAAACAAUAGUAUUAUUGUAAGUUUAACUUCCAUUAAGUGGCCACCUCUAUUAAACACCCGCGGCCACCUUUUGGCCAUCCUGACGAGAGUUCUCCGAUUGUUGUCACCUCUUUAUUUCACAAAUUAGUUGAAAAUAUAGUUGGAGAUCGAUGGUGAUAAUAAUUUAUUUUGGCUCAGUAAUGCUGUUCCCAUCAGAUCCCUUCACGUGUUUGUUUAAAAAAUAAAGUGAUAUUUCUGCUUAUUUCUGACAAACCUGUAUUGUUCAGUGCUCCUGAGGAGUUGAAAGACUGCUCUACCUUGACGUCUUUCGAAAACAAACUUAAGUGAAUUGUAGUUUGUAAAUUGUAAUAGACAAUCUUUAGCAGUUCCUUCGUUAGUUUAUCUUCAAGUUCUCGCCUAUGAAUCAUAAUUUUUUAAUUGAGUUUUCUGUUUUUUAUUGAUUUUUUUUUUCCUGAGGGCCAUGUGUAGAUUAUCGAGAGACAUUAAGUGCUACCCUCAAUAAAAAAAGUUAUAAAAGGUAUCAUCAUCAUCAUCAUCAUUAUCAUUAUCACUAUUAUUAUUAUUAUUAUUAUUAUUAUUAUUACAACUUCUGUUAAGAGACUUAUGAGUGGCCAUCAAAUGGAGGUUGAACUGUAGUUACCGGUUGUUUAAAACUUUCUCUCCAGGUUCGAGCAGCCUAUAAAUAUGUAGCUGAGGAUGAUGAUGAGUUGUCAUUUGAGAAAGGAGAAAUCAUAAAUGUAGUUGAGUUUGAUGAUCCUGAAGAACAGGUACGUUGCUUUGAAUAAUAAAUUGUAGAACAAGGACUUGGUUGAAAAUAUUCCAAGAAAUAGAUAUACAGUUAAACCCUGUUAAUGAGGACACUGAGGGGACCAUAAAAGUGCUUGUUUUAACGGGGUGUCAGUAUUAACCUUUUAAGUCCCAAUAUACAGAGACAAAUUCUCCCAACUGAUCUCUACAUAUUUCUUUAAAGAAUGUGUUCAGAGAAUUUGAUAAAAGAUCAAAGCAUUUUGUCUUUUGGUGAUCAUUUUAUUAAUUCUCAUAACCUAAUCUCUAGACAAUGUAUUGGUAUCAUACGGAGAAAAUUGAUGUCGGUCACCAUUGGGACUUAAGGGUUAAGCAAGUUGAAUAUAGAGAAAAUGCGAGGGCUUACUUUCUCUAGGGACGAGAAAAAAAUUGUCCCUAAUAAUGAGGAGUCUGUAUUAAGCAGGUGUCCGUAAAGCAGGGCUCGAUGAUAUUAGAAAUUGCCUGUUAUCAAUGAAGGAAAGGUGGUCACUACACAGACACAAUCACUUGUUCAAAGAGAAUUUACUGCAUACAAUGAGGGUUAGGGGUCCCAUAGGAAGCUUUUAAACUCUGGAAUUAUGUGAAAAAUAACUCUUGCCACCCAGUCAUUAUUGAGUGGUUUUCUGUACAAAUAAUAUUUUGUAAAUGAUGAAAUUUUCAAACUGUCAUUUAAUUCAAUAUUUAAUAUUUACAACGAUUUGUAUGGAAAAUCACUCAACCAUGACUGGGUGGCAAGAGUUGUUUUUCGAAUAUAAAUCCUUCUAAUUUUUUGGUAGCCAUUGAAAUCCCUUCUUUUGCAAUAUGCGGAUGAAAAUUUACAGGUUACCUAUUUUUAAUAUUCUCUUUCAGUUCCUGCUAAAAUCAUUUCUCCAAAGCUAACUGUUUUCAUGUUUACAGAAAGUUGAUCAUGUAACAGCAUUAUUGCAAAAGGCCUAUUACUAAGCAAUGCAUUCUUAGAGUUUUAUGGCGUCAUGUUAUUUUCCUACCACAUCUGAACACCAUGGUAUUUUCAUAGCUCUUUUGACUUUCUAUGUGCUGUUUCAUAUCUCUGUAGGAUGAAGGUUGGCUAAUGGGUAUCUUAGAGCUUAGUGGUAUCAAAGGAGUCUUCCCUGCAAACUUUACAAAGCCAAUUUAA